UAGUCUUACAAAAUAUUCUUUCCUGCUUUAUUAUUUUUUCUGGUUACUGCUGUGCUUGAACUACCGUGAUUUACGAUUUGAAAUUUUCGUGUAUUUUCGUUCGUGAGUGGACAUCUCCGUUGACUGAGGCUCGACUUCUUAAUACCGAGUAUGGUCUGGAUCUAUAAUUUCGUAUUACACGUGUUAGGGACCAAUCGAAGCAAGAAUAACUAAUUUUAACCAACGACAUUUUGUUGGAUGUUGUGUUUUGUCUGAAAUUUGCUGCUUGUGUCGCCGGUAAAUUUGGCCAGAAUUUGUUGCCUGUGGCUGCCGCAUAAAAUAAAGACGGGCAGAGAGAAAACAGCUCGAGUCCAAAGUUGACAUUUCAAGGAAAUAACGCCAUCUCCUAGACUACUACAUACAAAACGGAGAAAUAGGAAAAGUACGGCAGUGAAAUCGCGCGACCUUUCCGUCCUCGUUUGAAAGUACGAGAUGAUAAACAUAUCGCUUUAUCUACUGACCCUUCAUAUGGUUAAAUGUCUUAUUUUAUGAACCUCGAGGGGAUAUGGCUAGAUAUCAAAACUUUCCGUGCGUAGCUAGGCACAUUCACAAGAGAUAUUCAACUGGAAAUCCAAACAUAUACAACCGCCUUUGUGGCCGAAGCCCUUCGUCUUCAAGGUUGGUAAUUGCUUGCGUUUGACAGUUAACAUCUUCUCAGCUGUGAGGAUUAUCCGCAGCUGAGGGACACAAGCUAGAUAAGGUAUGCAACGCGAAGAAAAGCAAAACGCCGAGCGGCCUUCUCGCGAGGACGAAGCCGAGAAGAUACGAAGCAAUCCAAGCUUGGUAGAGGAGUGCAAACUGACUAGAAGGAGUGAGCCUCGAUAUGAAACUGAGAUUGUAAACGUCGAUGAAAGAUAUGAUAUGUUUCAAGGAUUCAUGCCAACCGCUUUCUUUUUCCUUCAUCGCGAAAAACGUCCAAGACGAUGGUUCAUUCGCCUUGUUACAUGGCCUUAUUUUGAGCGGCUGAGUAUCUUAGUGAUUCUUAUUAACUGCGUCACAUUGGGAUUGUAUGAUCCGUUUGACCCGGAAUGCCAAACACAAAGAUGUCAGACUCUGGACGCCAUGGAAAAAGUUAUAUACACAUUCUUCUUAGCGGAAAUGUUAUGCAAGUGGAUAGCCAUGGGACUGUUCGGAAAGCUGGCGUAUUUUGGCGAUGCAUGGAACCGUCUAGACUGCUUUAUUGUAGCUGCAGGAACGUUCGAAUUGCUGUACAACAAAGGAGAAUAUCUGAGCGCUGUUCGAGCCAUUCGCGUCCUCAGGCCUCUGCGUGCCAUCAACAGAGUACCAAGCAUCAGAAUUCUUGUGACGUUACUUUUAGACACCUUACCAAUGCUGUGGAAUGUCUUGGCCAUUUGUUUCUUCAUAUUUGCCAUAUUUGGUAUCGUUGCUGUUCAGUUGUGGAGAGGCGCCCUGAGAGGAAGAUGUUUCCUUGAUUUGCCACAAGGCGUCUCACAAAAUAGUUCCAACUUAACUGAUUUCUACAUCCCUUCAUUCGACAAACCUGAUUUUGUAUGCGCCGUGGAUGGUGUACCAGGAAUGCAGACGUGUAUCAAAGAAUUCAUUCCAGCCUUGAAGAAUGAAAACAGAGAAUGUUCACUUAACUAUGGAGGAUUUAUGAAUCAGUCGAGAAGAUCGAAUAAUUCAAAUAAUUGUAUAAACUGGAAUCAAUAUUACACAGACUGCCGGAAGAAGGGCGAUAACCCUUCCUGGGGAGCCAUUGGGUUUGAUAAUAUUUUCAUUGCCUGGGUGGCAAUAUUUCAGGUAAUUACACUGGAAGGCUGGUCAGAUAUCAUGUAUUAUGUGCAAGACGCCCAUGGAUUUUGGAAUUGGAUUUACUUUGUGAUUCUUAUUGUGAUUGCUUCAUAUUUUAUGACUAACUUAUGUCUAGUCGUCAUAACAACGCAAUUUCAAGAAACUAAACAACGCGAAAAUGAACUUUUACGCGAGAGUCGGCGGCGAGAGGGGACUAGCACUAGUACAAUAGCGAGCAGCCGAUAUGGAAAAGAUGGCUGCUGGGUGGAAAUACUUAGAUAUGUGGAGCAUUUAAUCAGGAGGUUUAAACGAAGACUUUAUAAGCGAUUUCAUUGGAAAUAUUGCGAUGGUGGAAGUAAAAGGAAAGCUUCCAGACACAGGAAACGGAGACGAAGAAAGAAAAAACUCGUCUAUCAUCAUCAUCAUCACCACCACCAUCAUCACCAUUAUCAUCAUCACGUGCACUGCACUGAUCCAGACUGUCCAUGUAGUAAAGUGGCCCCGCAGUUUUCGGUUCAUCCCGGAAGCGCCGACGCCACACCGAACACAUCCACAGUGGACAUUCAGCCGAUUCAAUCAAAAGACGUUCAACCAUCGAGUAAUACUUUGACGGUGCCGGGACAAGUCCCAAGCAACGGGACAUCGGGACGAGAAAAUGACAACGGGAACGGGAAAGGAAAGAUACCAACCAUUUCAAUUAUAACUGGAUCGUCCUGCUCUGUGCGGAAAGAACCUUCGUCGUCCACGCGCGGGGGUGAAAUGAUCACAACAGCAACUGCUGCGGUAGCUAUCAAUGGGAAAUCUGCUGUGGCUGACAUGGCAACCCACACUUUCUUGUCAGCGGCCUCGCUCUCAAGCGCAGCCGCAACUGCCACAGCCAGCGCAGCCGCAGCUUCAGUAAUACAUAAUGUUUGUUCAUGCGCAGUAGAACACGUGGAGGAGGAUAUAAAAGUGGAUUAUGAAUCUGAGUGUGUUUAUGAGGAAGAUGGUGGCAGUGAAAGCGAAUUUACAGACGAUGAAGUCGACGAGGAAGAACAUGGAAAGGACACCGCAUGCUCUCGACUUCGUCAGGUUUGUCGAAGAAGUGUGGACAGCAAAUGGUUUAUGUAUAUCAUAAUGGCGGCUAUCUUCUUGAAUACGCUCAGCAUGGGUAUCGAGUACCACGGGCAGCCUACAAAGAUGACACAUGUGCUAGAAAUUUUGAAUCACAUCUUCACGGCCAUAUUUGGUGUUGAAAUGCUGCUCAAGCUGGUAGGCAUGGGUCUCUAUGGUUACAUCAAAGAUCCUUUCAACCUGUUUGACGGUUUUAUCGUUAUCAUGAGCAUCGUGGAGCUAUUUGGUGUCGGUGACAGUAAUAUAUCAGUUCUGCGGUCAUUUCGGCUGUUGCGCAUAUUCAAGCUGGUCCGUUUUCUACCAGCCCUCAGACGCCAGUUACUUGUGAUGAUCCACACAAUGGACAAUGUAGUGACAUUUCUGGCUCUUUUAGUACUCUUCAUUUUCACGGCCAGUAUCUUGGGUAUGAAUCUUUUCGGAGGCAAGUACAUGUUCCGGGAUGAAAACGGAAUUUACAGCGCGGCUCGAGCAAAUUUUGAUGAUCUGUUCUGGGCACUGGUAACUGUGUUUCAGGUUCUUACGCAAGAGGACUGGAACACAGUCAUGUAUGACGGCAUGAGAGCCACUACUAAGUGGGCAGCUUUGUACUUUAUUCUUCUGAUGACCAUUGGUAACUACAUUCUCUUUAACUUAUUGGUAGCUAUCCUGGUUGAAGGAUUCGCUAAUCAGCCGGAAAAGACUGGAAGCACUUGGAGCUUAAAAUCACGAAGUUCAAGCUCAAGAAACAAUGGGGACUAUGAAACUUGCAGGGAAGUAUCCUCGUAUCCCAUGACUACGCCACGGGUUUGUGUGAGCCGCAUACCAUCCCCUGAAGAUGCGUUACAUGGACACUAUCAUGAACCAGACGAGCCAGUUCAGCAUAUACGCUGCUCAUUCCCGUCUCUGUCACCUAAAUGUUCGCUCUUUAGAGAUGAGUGCCAUGCCUCCGCCCCAACUUCCCCAGCCAGUACCUCACCUCACGUGGCAAGGAAAACCUUGUCGUUUGGUGAUACAACGACUAUGGUGAUUGCAAACCCCGCCCAUGCACAGAGAUGCAUUACUUCAGAUGAUGAGAACGAGGCAAGCGCCAAAGAAGAUGACGAGUCAGUCGUUGCGAACGAGAGUGUCUCAAGAUGCUGUCCCAGAAGGAGAAACUGGUCUUUAUAUCUUUUUUCACCGUCAAACAGGUUUCGCCAGUGGAACAUAGCCCUGUAUAAGAACAAGUGGUUUGACCGGGUGAUAUUAUUCUUCAUCCUCUUGAAUUGUAUAGCUAUGGCCCUGGAAAAACCUGGCUUGAAAAGUGACGACAAGCUGAAGAAGGCGAUUGACAUCUCUAUGUACAUUUUCCUUGGAAUCUUCACUCUAGAGAUGAUGGUGAAGGUGAUCGCUCUCGGUUUCUGGGUAGGUAAGGAUACGUACAUGCGCAAUUCUUGGAAUGUAAUGGAUGGUUUCUUAGUACUUGUGUCCUGGAUUGACGUCAUUGUUUCCCAGACAACCAAAACUGAAAGUUCUAUUUUAGGAGUGUUACGAGUAUUUCGAGCUCUCAGAACACUACGACCACUGAGGGUGAUAAGCAGAGCGCCUGGUCUCAAGAUCGUAGUAGAGACGUUAAUAUCUUCCUUAAAACCGAUUGGAAACAUUGUACUUAUCGCUGCGACAUUUUUCAUUAUCUUUGGCAUCCUUGGCGUUCAGCUUUUCAAGGGAAAGUUCUAUCACUGUAAAGACAGUGAGCACCCCACGGUGGCCACAAAAAACGAUUGUCAGAAACUAGGACUCACCUGGGAGAACAAGGAAUACAACUUUGAUAACUUGGCGAGGGCGCUUUUGACAUUGUUCGUAUUUUCCACAAAAGACGGCUGGGUGACCAUAAUGUAUGAUGGGAUAGACGCUGUCGGUGUUGACAAACAGCCAAUUCCAAACCAUAACAAAUGGAACGUUUUAUUUUUUGUGGCGUUUCUGUUGUUGGCUGGUUUUGUAGUGCUGAACAUGUUGGUUGGUGUGGUUGUGGAAAACUUUCAGAAGUGUCGCGACAUGAUAGAAAAAGAUCGCCUGGCCGAGAAAGACAAAGAGAGGGCAGAGAAGCUCCAGUCUGAGGCUGAUAGAGAUGAAGCGGAAGAGUUUCCACAGCCUCGACGGUUUUUUCACCAAAUCUGCACUCAUGGCUACUUCGACCUUGGUAUUUCGGCUGUCAUAUUCCUGAAUGUCAUCUGUAUGGCCAUGGAGCACUACAGACAACCCGAAGAAAUGACAUUGUUUCUUCGAUACGCAAACUAUGUGUUUACAGCCAUUUUUAUCGUGGAGGGCGUUUUGAAGAUUUAUGCGCUAGGGUUCAAGAAGUACAUCAAAGAACGGUGGAACCAGCUGGACUUGCUUAUUAUUCUUUUGUCAAUUGUCGGAAUUGUCCUGGAAGAAAUGAAAUCUAAGCUGCCAAUCAACCCGACUAUCAUUCGCGUCAUGAGAGUGCUCAGAAUUGCACGAGUUCUGAAGCUGUUGAAGACUGCUGAAGGAAUCCGAAAGCUGCUGGAUACAGUCGCCGAGGCCCUACCCCAAGUUGGCAACCUCGGUCUUCUCUUUCUUCUAAUGUUUUUCAUCUUUGCUGCUUUGGGAAUGGAGCUGUUUGGUCAAGUUGAAUGCACGGACGAAGUACCAUGCGAGGGACUGGACCAUCAUGCUCAUUUCAAGGAUUUUGGUUUUUCAAUGUUGACACUGUUCCGAGUGUCAACCGGAGACAACUGGAAUGGAAUUCUGAAGGACAUAAUUAACAAAAAGCGUUGUGAACUAAAUUCUACUUCAGGCUGCGCUGCAUUGGAACACAUCGCUCCCAUCUACUUCGCCAUAUUCGUCCUGGCGACACAGUUCGUCCUUCUGAACGUAGUGGUAGCUGUCCUGAUGAAGCACUUGGAGGAUGCCAAGGAAGAAAGUCCUACAGCGUCGUCUGAAGAAGGAUCAGAUGAUGUGCUGGCAAUUCAAGUGGAUAGAGUCUCGGAUCCCAAACAUAUGCAGGGGGGAUCGUCCAAAGAUCACGAGUAUUGUAUGGUUCCUUCCGGCGUUAAAGGGAAGACAGAGUCGAACAAUAACCCUUUGGUUGUAGUUCCUGUCGUUGGCGUUGUAAGGCAGACGAAUGGCUCCGAUAGUAGCUUAAGUUCUAUUGGCCCUGUUCAACCUGAAGGUGCAAGCAGCUAUUGGCUUCCAGCAAUCGAUCAAGCAAAACCCGAGCAUAACAAGAGCCUCGCUUCAAUACGACUCCCACCGAUCGGAAAGAGUUCGGAUAAAAUCGACGAUUCAUCGCUGUCUGAGAUGUCGAGCCCCGAGAACGACAAACCCAUCAGCAAAAGGCUAGAUGGUCAGAUAUCUCCACGGGCUCCCAUCUACGUCAUGAGUGAGGACAGCGACCUGAACGAUAGUAACAUGGAAGUCGAUCACGAUCACAGCAAAGUGUUUAGACCGGUGGAAACAUCCACCAAAUCGAAAGGAUCUGUGCGUUCACCUUCACCUCAAUCAAGCAGCGAGGAUGAAGGAAAAAAUACGAAAAUUCAUCUCAGAAAGUCUCACUACAAAUCAGAAUCUCCAAGAGGGAAGACUCGCCAAAAACAGCCUAAAACGUCCAUCGUAUCACCCAAACCGGAUGGUAAACCAGUAACACCUGGAGCUAAACCGGUCAAACCUGAUGCUCGGUGGGCAUCUCCAGUAAUAAAUGUAGAGAAAGGCAAAGAAACAAUCAAACUGGAUAGUCCUAAACAUGACGAAAAUAAGGGAACUGAUUAUCAAAUGCAAAGCUAUGUGUGAUAUACUUUUGUCAAACUAAUUAAAGAUAAAAAUGACAGAAAUUCAAUUUGAAACACUGAAGGCGAAAAGAGUUGCGAUAAUUUCGUUUUCCUUUUGCUGCAGGACUGCGGUUUAAAAAUAUUCAAACCAGCACUGACAUUUUCGGCCGAAAGCUAUAGCAUUUCAGGACUUGUUCGCCCGUUUAGAAUGAGUGUAUUCUAAUGGACGAUCAAACUUAGCACUUCAAAACAUUCUCGAUACAAGAGACAUGAAAUAUACAAGUAAAAAUUGGUACAGAAUGGUGUAGAAGUUUUAUUUUUGCAGCUGUUGGUCGAUCGGCGUAAAUAAAAUCAGCUCUCACGUGUAAAAAGAAAUCAAAACUAGACAAUAUCCCUGUCUCUUGACCGGGUCGAGUAAGAUAUGUAAGGAAAUAUAUAGAAGGUUAUGGUUUGUCGAAAUUCUUUGAUCCACGAGAUAUGGUUUUUAAAACAGAAUAAAACAUUGGAAAUGUU